GCGCGCGGUGCGCGCAAGUCAAGUGGUCCUGAGUGAAGUUCCUCUGCGUGCCGACCGGCUUCACCGAGCGCACUGAGUAAACAUGGGAUAACCCGAUGUAGCCCGAGUAUUGCUGCUUUAGGUAAUGUUUUUUUUUUUUUAGGAGAGAGGAAAUGCGCUUAGGCAGCGUUUCCCACUUUUCCAUCACUUCCGAGAGCGCACUUUCCCCGUUUUAUUCGUUCUGAAAAGUGAGGGAUACUGUGGGUUUGUUGAGGAUGGCGUCCGCUCGACAAGACUACGUCGCCCCGUGGUGGACUUACUGGCUUCACAAUUUCCCACACGUUGACUUUCAUUUCCAUGCAGUUGAAAGUGCCUUUAAACCUGGGGAAGUAAGCUACCAGCAGUCUCUAAUCUUUCUGGCCUGCAUGGCAGCUGCAGGCUUGGGCUUGAGCUUGUUGGUGCUGGGCAUCUAUUUAAGUUGCCUGUGCUUCUGGCGUAGAGAAGAGGCUGAGGAAACCAAGAGGCCCGACACUUGCUGCGUCACGUGGGCCGCUGUGAUCACGGGUCUGGUCAUAUGUUCUGCAGUGGGAGUGGGUUUCUAUGGAAACAGCGAAACCAAUGAUGGUGUCUACCAAAUGACCUAUUCACUCUAUAACACCAAUCACACUUUGGCUGCCAUCGAUAGCCAGGUGACUGGCGCUUUAAGCAACAUGCGUUUCCGGCUGAAGGAACACCUGGCACGGCUGGAUGAGAUCUUUUCUCCGCGGUCGGACUACACCCAGGCACUUCGCUUUAUGCAGCAGAUGGCUGACAAUAUCAUCCGACAACUUGCUGCCAUGCCCAACAUCAGCCAGGCAAGACAGGACCUCGUAACAGUCGCUGAUCGGGCCAGCUACACUGAGUACUACAGAUGGCUGAUGUAUCUCCUGCUGCUGAUUCUAGACCUGAUCAUCUGUCUGGGAUGCUGUUUGGGACUGGCGAAGCAUUCUCGCUGGAUGCUCAUUCUUAUUAUGGUGUUAGGUAUGCUGACACUUAUACUGAGCUGGACAUCACUUGGAGUGGGAACGGCCACUGCAGUGGGUGCCAGUGACUUUUGUGUGGCCCCUGACAAAUUUAUUGUGAAUCGUACGAGGGACUUCCUCAGUGAAGAUGCAACCCAUUACUACAUGUACUGCAGUCAGACUCUACCCAAUCCUUUUCAGCAGUCACUGACCAUCUUCCAGAGGUCCCUGACGACCAUGCAGAUUCAGGUCCAAGGCUUGCUACAGAUUUCUCUCUCUGUUUUUCCCACUGCUGAAAGGGAUCUGCUAGGCAUUCAAGGUCUGAUGAACGCUACAGAAUUCAGCUUACACCAGCUCACAGCAUUGCUGGACUGCCGCAGUCUGCACAAGGACUAUCUGGAUGCCCUGGUGGGAUUGUGUUAUGAUGGGGUGGAGGGCCUACUUUACCUUUGCCUCUUUUCCCUGCUGGCUGCCUGUGCCUUCUGUGCCAUGCUGUGCACCAUUCCACGAGCAUUUAUCCUCAUAGCUAGCAGGGACAGGAACUAUGACGACAUAGACGAGGAGGACCCAUUUAACCCCCAGUCACGACGCAUGGUCCCGUACAGUACGAGCCGUACAAACGUGCACAGCUUCUGUAGCUACAGCAGCAGCCUGGGCAGCCAGAGCAGCCUGCACCCACCACUGCCAGCCGCCUCUACUGCUCCCCCUCCAGAGUACAUGAAUCAGUCGAUGCUGUUUGGAGGAAAUCCUCGAUAUGAAAAUGUGCCGCUGAUUGGAAGAGGUUCACCACCGCCCUCGGCAUGUAGAUACAUAUUCACCCAGCAUGAGAACCACCUACCUGUCUAUGACUGAUGCGCAGAUGCAACACUUUGGAAAUGACUACCAGGUGUAAAUGGGACCAUGUGAACCCUGAAGGGGUUCGGACCACUCCGAAAUACUUUUGGCUGAUCUUUAAAUCGCAUUUGUUUUUUUAAAUUUUUGUGGAUUUUUUUUUCCUCCUGUUCACUUUCUUGAAGAAUUCAAGACCUGCUGUUUCGAAUCGCCACAGAAAAAACUUGAGAGACACUCCACACAGAAGCGUCUCCAACACUCUAACAGUGUUCAUCAGCCAACCUGUAAAUACACACUAUAUGGACAAAAAGUAUUGGGACACCUGACUAUUCCAGCCGUGUGGUUCUUUCCCAAACAAUUACCACAAAGUUGGAGGCACAGGAUUUUAUAGGACGUCUUUGAAUGGAGUAACAUUCACUUCACUUGCACUAUGCGAGCCAAAAGCUCUUUCAGAAUGACAGUGCACCUGUGCACUAAGUCAGAUCCAUAAAAAUAUGGUUAACAUUGGUUGGAGUGAAAGAUCUUAAGUGGCCUGAUAUAGAGCUCUGACCUGCAACCCUCAUUGAACACCUUUGGGAUGAAUUGGAAAGCUGACUGCACCACCGGCCUCCUCGCAUCACCCACAUCAGUACCUGACUUUACUAACAUCCUCAAGUCUUAAAGAGCACAAAUCUCCACAAGCACACUCCCAGAAGAGGGGGUUAUUAUUACAGCAAAUGAAGACUAAAUGUGUAAUGAGAUUCUCAGGAUGUGCAUCCAGAUCUUGUGGUUAGGUGUCCACAACUUUCAUCUAAUAAGUGUAACUUGGUCAGUACAGGAAACAAUACAAACUGUAAGAUAUACACUGGUUGGAUUUGCUACACAAAUUCCACCAGUUUUGUAACAAGUCUUUCUGUUGUCUGUGGAAUAAAUCCACAAAAGGAGCAAAUAUUCCACAGUAAGAUGCAUGUGGUGCUCCUCAUUGUAAAUGAUUAAUGGUGCUGCUACCUUUAGAGCUUUUGUACAUAAUUGUGACAGCUCAAUGCAAAGACGUUUUACCUCAUGGCUAGUUGAUUAUGUUUGCAAGCGCUAAGAGCUGUAUCACAGGCCCAGUUAAACAUGUGCUGAAACACUUUAUUUGUAUUGGCUCGGAUUUGGGAGAACCUCUGUGUUGAAAUCGCUUUUUUUGCUUAUCAGUGCAAGGUCAAGGCUAAAGCAGUAAAUACUUUAGUAUAUGUAUGCUGAUGUGCUGUGUGAAUAUUAUAGCUUGUAGCUUGUUGAUUUUUACGCAGUGCCGGAUAGGCAUCACUUACUGAAUGAAUAAAAAUUGUACUUAUAUUGUUAAAGAUAUAUAGCCUGAAUUGUAACUUUCUUCCAUUAUAAUGUCUUUAUUCUUAGAUUUUUUUUAUUUUCUAUUAAUUAUCUUUUGGAGCAGGUUUGAAAAUGUAAAAUUUGAUGAUAUUAAAGAAAAAAAAAAAAGAA